CAAUAGAACAUCCACUAUGGCUUACAACACAGUGGAGGCCAAGAGCAGCCUCGGAACGAAGAAGGCCAAGACCCAAGACAGCGAGUGGCCCGCGAACCUCCGCGAGUUCGUAAAUACAUGUUUUGUGCGGUCGAAGGCACUCAAGGCUGCGGAUAAGAGCGUGUUUGACCUUCAAAUUAAGCAGCUCAUGAAGAUGGCCAUGGAUCAGGGCAAGAUUUGGGAGAACCCGUGGGAGGUCCAGAAGUUGCCUGUGCUUGACAAGGACUGCCACAAGGUGGAACUCGCAUGUGGAAAAUACGAACGUGCGCCAACGGUAGGUGUGGCUAUGGAACCGCUGAAAAAGCGCGCACGCGAGGACAAUGGCACACGCGACACAAAAGUGCCACGCGUGGCGCCGGCGCUCCUCGCCAACGACAUGUUCUCACAGGACAAGCUCAAACAGCGCGGCGCACGCUUUGUCACCGAGCCCUCGCCCACACCCCGCGUCGAGCACACGGACCCAGACCGACCAUUGAUCGGCACUUGCAAAGACUUGGAGAAGCGCUACCUCCGGCUCACCUCCGCCCCGGACCCGGCGCGCGUCAGACCGUUGCCUGUACUCAAAAAGACCCUCGCGUUGCUCCUUACGAAACACGCGGAGGGCGCCACGUAUGCAUACCUCUGCGACCAGUUCAAGUCCUUGAGACAGGAUUUGACUGUCCAACAUAUCAAGAACGACUUCACGGUGCUAGUGUACGAAACGCACGCGCGCAUCGCUGUCGAGAACAACGAUUUGGGCGAGUUCAACCAGUGCCAGUCGCAGUUGAAGGUGCUCUACGCGGUGCCUAAUCUCCGUGCGGAGAACCGCUUUGAGUUUGUCGCGUACCGCGUCAUCUACCACUUAAUGACCCAGGACUAUACGGACGUGUACAGCGUGCGUGCAGCGUUGGGCGCAAGCGACGCGCGCGAGCCGCAAGUCGCACAUGCAUUCGCAUUGGCGCGUGCACAGCAGGCCAACGACUAUCACACCUUCUUUCGGUUGUACCGCGCAACCAACACGUACGGCCGGCGAUUGGUGGAGGUGUUCCUCGAGCGCGAGCGGCUUAUGGCCUUGAGCAUCAUGGCGCAUGCCUACCGCGUACUUCCAUGCGCGUUUAUCCUGGCAGAGUUGGGUUUUACAGAUGAGUCCGAAUUGGCUGCGUACUUGACUAAAUUCAACCUCCAGGCGUUUGUGGAGAUUGGUCCCGCGGGUAGUGUUUUCAAGUGCGGCCAGGCAAAGUUGGUGGUGGACGACUUGAAAAACAGCCAGUUCCGCAAGGUUGACAUCAAGGGGCAGGUCUAAGUAUUGGGAUAUGGCCAAGCGGUAAGACUGUAUCAAGGAAAAAUGAGGAUUUUACAGAGAAGAUGAUUUGAGGGGCUUGGACUAACAGGCUACAUCCGAGCCAAGACAGGUUGUCUGACAAGUCCUACCAAACUCUCGUGUUAGGGCAUAGACCCCCUGGCGUAUGCCAGGGGAUAAAUAGAACAACGUAAGCAUCUUUGGGGGUUGACGUGUGGAGAACAGGGGGUGUCAGCCUUGGUAGCAUAGCUUGGAUGUCGCGCGAUGAAACCGUAUCUUAAGAAAACUAAUCAGCAAGAAUUAAAAUAAAAAAUACACCUCUCGUUAUCCAACCACACUGCGUUUAGUGGAUAGGGAGGACUAGUGGCUUUAAUCCUUUCCGUUGAACAUGAUUACCGUUAGGGCUUCAAACUAUGUUGUGUAGAUACGCAAGUUGUUCGCAGUUCCGCCGUCA